AUGGACAGACCGCCGAGGCCCAGACUGGCCGCCCUCAGUGACUUUCAGUUCGGGGUGGUGGCCACCGAGACCAUCGAAGACGCUCUUCUCCACCUGGCGCAGCAGAAUAACCGGGCCGUGCAGGAGGCCGCGGGCCGGACGGGCAGCUUCAGGGAGCCCCGCAUCGUGGAGUUUAUUUUUCUCCUGUCUGAACAAUGGUGUCUGGAGAAAUCUGUGCGCUACCAGGCCGUAGAAAUCCUAGAAAGGUUUAUGGUUAAGCAGGCAGAGAAUAUUUGCAGACAAGCCACAAUCCAGUUGAGAAAUAAAACAGAGACUCAGAACUGGAGGGCUCUGAAAGAGCAGCUUUUCAACAAGUUUAUCCUGCGCCUUGUGUCAUGUGUUCAGCUGGCGAGUAAACUUUCCUUUCAUUACAAAAUAAUUAGCAACGUUACAGUCCUGAAUUUCCUCCAUACUCUUGGGUAUUUACAUACAAAAGAAGAACUUCUGGAAUCAGAGCUUGAUGUUUUGAAGUCCCUAAACUUCCAAAUCAAUCUGCCUACUCCCCUGGCAUACGUGGAGCUGCUCCUGGAGGUUUUAGGAUACAAUGGCUGUUUGGUUCCAGCUACACAGCUGCAUGCAACUUGCCUGACUCUACUUGACAUAGUCUACCUUCUGCAUGAACCCAUAUAUGAGAGCCUGCUGAGAGCUUCAAUCGAAAACUCCACACCCAGUCAACUACAAGGGGAAAAGUUUAUUUCAGUGAAGGAAGACUUCAUGCUGUUGGCAGUAGCAAUCAUUGCAGCAAGUGCUUUCAUCCAAAACCAUGAGUGUUGGAGCCAGGUUGUGGGCCAUUUGCAGAGCAUCACUGGCAUUGCCUUGGAAAGCAUUGUGGAGUUCUCUUAUGCAAUCCUGACUCACAGCGUGGGAGCCAACACUCCGGGGGCACGGCAGCCUAUUCCUCCCCACCUGGCAGCCAGAGCUCUGAGGGCGGUUGCUUCCUCCAACUCAUGA